AUGCGCAGCUUCUCCUUCAAAUCCAACAACACGAGAAAGAUUUCAGUGCAACUGAAUCCCACUCGCACCGAAGACUACACACUCUCUCUCGAUCAACCCAUCGAUGACCUCCUCAAAGAAAUUGCCACUCGACACAAUCUCUCUCCAUCCUCCUCAUCAAAUUCUCUCAAAGCACCCACGACACAAACGUGCGAACUUCACGUCACCAACUUUAAAUCUCGUAAAGUUGUAUGGGGUACAUUGGUCAAGAAUUUACUCAAAGAACAAUAUCAAGUCACUCUCGAACCUCCUUUUAUUUGA